GACCGGACCGGCCCUUCGUAUACCACCAACAAGGCGUUCUUGAAAAAGAUUGAUGGCCUUCCCACGAAACCUCCAGACUGGCACUGCGAUAUCGUCAAAGUCGCUGGAGAUCUAGUUGACGGAGACGGUGAGAUGUUGACGACAGAGUUGGAGUUGUGGCGGCGGGAUCCAGUGGAAUGCGUUCGCGAGCUCAUCGGAAACCCGGCCUUCAAGGAGUUUAUGGCCUAUGCACCCGAACGAGCUUAUGAAGACACCCAGGGCAAGAGUCGGAUAUAUGACGAUAUGUGGACCUGUGACUGGUGGUGGGAGACGCAGGGUAAAUUAACACCUGGUGCAACAAUAGCACCUCUCAUCCUCGCCUCUGAUAAAACCAGUCUGUCUCAAUUUCGUGGCGACAAGUCAGCAUGGCCCGUCUAUAUGACCAUUGGCAACAUCGAGAAGGCCACUCGUCGAAAACCACGCAUGCAUGCCGCCAUCUUGAUUGGAUAUUUGCCGGUAGCCAAGCUGGACUGCUUUAGUAAAGCCACACGGUCAGUUGCAGGCUAUCGACUUUUCCAUGAGUGUAUGCGGCGUCUUUUGCAACCCUUGAUCGCAGCGGGACGUGAGGGGGUUGAGAUGGUCUGUGCUGACGGGAGGGUGCGUCGAGUGCAUCCUAUACUAGCGGCAUAUGUCGCUGACCAUCCUGAGCAGUGCCUUGUCGCAUGCACUAAGGAAAGUUUUUGCCCCAAGUGCCGUGUUCAUCGCGACGAUCGAGGAGAACUUCUCACAUCCCUUCUACGGGACCCUGACCGGACCCUGACAAUCCUGGCGCACAAGCAAUCAGGCCGGAGAGUCGCAGCUUACGCUCGAGAAGGCCUACGUCCUGUCUACCAUCCUUUCUGGGCAGAUCUGCCCCACGCCAACAUCUUCGCGAGUGUCACACCGGACAUACUACAUCAACUCCACAAAGGAGUCUUCCACGAC